AUGGCCCAGGCCACUCCUGCGCCCCCAGCUCUGGCCGGGGUGGGCAGUGGUUUCUACCUGAGCCCACUCUGCGGCACCAAGUGGCUGCUGGGUGGCAAGGCACAGGGGGCGCUGACGGUCCGUGUGUCUGCAUCCCGCAUCCGAGCGCGUACCUGUGGGUGCCGUGUCCACAGCACCGGGCAGCGAGCCCGCCCGGGCCGUCGGCAGCCAGGAAGCCUGGUUGCAGGUCCCCAAGUCAGGCCUCCACGGUGUCCUCCUGGAGCCCUGCCCGCCUUCCCCACGACACACAGCGUUCGUCUACCGUCUGCAGCCAGGCCAGGCUGGCGGCCCAGAGCAGACAGAGCCCACCUACGCAGACGAGUGUCAGGACCCCUCCUUGUGGGGACCGCGGCUGACACGGCCUCGGGGGAGGCGCAGUGCCUGACCGGCCACCUCUGCCCCCAGGCCGUGUCCACAGGGGCCAGCCAGGCAGAGGUGAGCGAGGUCACGCGGGAGGGCUUCCCGGGCUCCCUGGGCCUGCGCGCGCGCCCGCUGGUGCCGUGCCCGCUGGCCCACCUGCCGACCCCCACGGAGGACCUGCCGGUCGUUGCCGGGACCCGCGCCAGCCCCACGGCCGAGCCCACGGACGUCUUCCUCGGCAACCUGUCCUUCCUGGAGGUGUGCUACGUCUCCGUCACGGCGCCCAAGAUGCUGCUCAGCCUGGCGGCACCCGCGUUCCGCAUCUCCUCCGCGGGCUGCGUGGCGCAGCUGUGCUUCCUCCCGGCACUGGCCUGCACCGAGCGCGCGCUCCCGGGCGCCACGGCCCACGACCGCUGCGUGGCCACCUGCAGCCCCCCGCGCUCCCCGGCCAUGAGGAGCCCCCGCCUCUGCAGCCUCCUGGCCGCCGGCUCCCGGCUCUCGGGCCUCUCCGUCUCCGUGGGGAAGGUCUUCACCAACCGCGGCCCCAACGUCAUGAACCACUUCUUCUGCGACGUGUCCCCGCUGCUGAACCUGGCGUGCUCCAACGUGUCCCUGGUGGAGCUUGUGGACCUCCUCCUGGGGCUGCUCGUUCUGCUGGGGCCGCUGCUACCCACGGUCUGCUCCUACACGGCCAUCCUCCGCGCUGUGCUGCACAUCCCGGCUGCCGCCGGCCGGCGCAAGACCUUCUCCACCUGCGCCUCGCACCUGGCCGUGGUGGUCUUCUUCUACUCGGCCUCCCUCUUCAUCUACGCCCGGCCUCGCGCCAUCUACUCCUUCGACCUCAGCAAGCUGGUGUCCGUGGUCUACACAGAGCUCAUGCCCCUGUUCAGCCCCGUCAUCUACUGUCUGCGGAACUGGGAGACCAAGGAGGCCCUGCACAGGGUGGUGCCGAGGGCGGCCCAGGUCCCGGGCGCCUCCUCCUAG